AGUCGAGCAGAGGGGUUGGAAGCAGGAAACGUGAAUAAAAUACAGUAUACAUCUGGCACUGACCUGACCUCUUCCUCACCUACAUCACUUUUCCUUCCCGUUAUUCAAAGCCGCGUUGUUACCCAUUCCCCUGGACCGGACCCCCCACUCGCCACUACAUCAUAUACUUUCCUUUCAAAUCCGCUCAAUCCCAAUCUCCUUUACCAGAUAGAUCUUCGCAGGUUCUUUCUUUACCCCUUUUCUUCUUCAUCAUCUCCACUCUGCUAUUGUUUACUCAUUCAUAGCUUUUAUGUUUAAUGAUCUCUUCUGUUUCUGCUCAUGGAUUUCUGUGUUCUUUAUUCGGGUCUUCCAACUGGAAUUCGGGUACAUGUAAAAAUUAGGGGUUUCCGCGUUUUUCCUUAUUGAACCAAUUCGAGCAUUCUUUCCACUUCUUUAAACACCUGGGGUUUUGAUUUCGAAGUUGUCCUGUUAAACAUUGUUGAUUGUUCUGCUUCAAUUAUCAUAAAAAUUGAAUCUUUACCCUUGGUGUUUGUUUGAGUGAAGGAGCAGAUAUCAUUGCGCGUGUCCCAUUCUCUUCUCCAACAAUUUUCGUAUUAGGUUUCAUGAUUUGAUAAUUACUACCCAAUAUUUAGUAUACACACAAAUGGAGGUUAAGCUAUGGAAUGACAAGCGAGAGAGAGAGAUGUAUGAAAACUUUGCGGAGCUGUUUGCCAUAAUAAAAGCAACAGAAAAGCUUGAGAAAGCAUAUGUCCGAGAUGUUAUAUCAUCAACCGAGUAUGAAAACGAAUGCCAAAAAUUGAUUGCACAUUUCAAGACUCUGUCCUCUGGAUUGAAGGACACUGUCCCAAGCAUUGAACGGUUUCACGACAUCUACAAAAUGGAUUGCCCGUCUGCCCUAAACCGCCUGGUGACCUCAGGGGUGCCUGCAACAGUUGAGCACCGGGCAGCUGCUGCCGUAUCAGCUUCCACUUCGGCUGCUGUUGUGGCGGAGUGUGUGCAGAACUUCAUCACAGCCAUGGACUCUCUGAAACUCAACAUGGUUGCCGUUGACCAGGUGCACCCUCUGCUGUCUGACUUGUCAGCCUCCCUUAACAAGCUCUCGAUCUUGCCGCCUGAUUUUGAAGGUAAGACUAAAAUGAAGGAAUGGCUCUAUAGGCUGGCUAAAAUGGGUGCCGCUGAUGAGUUGACCGAGCAACAGUCUCGGCAGCUGCACUUUGACCUUGAAUCUUCAUACAAUUCCUUCAUGGCGGCACUGCCCUCUGCCGGGACUUAGAUGAUGAAUUGAAUUUGAGUGCUAAUUAAUGGUUUGUUUCAUUAAAAGAAAUUAAGUGGUGCCUUGUUGAACAAAUUUUAAUUUUGUUGUGCGGAUUGACCCUAUGUAGGUUUAUUAUGGUACUACUAUUCUGUGUAUAUGCAGUUGAUCACUAACUCUUCAAUUACCACUUAAAUGCUUCACUGCUAAAGAUCCCAUGUGAGGUGUUCUAAAACUAAACCUGUUCUGGCUAAGUGGGAUCUAAUUACCACAUGAAUCUCUCCCAAAGGCUUUGACUUCAUUAAUUUGUCAAUUUUAUACUACGUAUCUCUCUGUAUAAGAUUUAUGUAUUUUUUUUCUUAAUAUCUAAACUUGAUUAUACUCUGACUAGAAUCAUAGAUGAUUAUCUUUUCUCUUCUCUAAGUGACUACUCUACCUUUUAGCUUGUUAUUGGGUUUUAGAUGUGGUAUGUACAUAAUCUUGUGGGUUUGUUAUUU